CUUACAUACAAAAAAUAUUUCUCUCAGAUCGAAAAAAAUUCACUUUUUUAGUAUUUUAAAUUAUUUUAAUUUAUCGCACCUCAAAUCCUCCAAAAAAUGUCGAAGAAUAACCAAGGGAACGUGCAAACAUUCAAAUUAGUUGUAGUUGGAUCCGGUGGUGUUGGAAAAAGUUGUAUAACAAUUCAAUUUAUACAGAGUUACUUUUGCAGCGACUAUGAUCCAACAAUAGAGGACAGCUAUACGAAGCGACUGGUGAUUGAUGAUGUACCAGCAAAAUUAGAUAUCUUAGAUACUGCCGGACAAGAAGAGUUUAGUGCAAUGCGUGAGCAAUAUAUGCGAUCUGGUGAAGGAUUUCUUCUUGUAUUCAGUGUGACAGAUUACGCCAGUUUUGAAGAAAUCUACAAAUUUCAUCGGCAAAUAUUGCGUGUAAAAGAUCGAGAUGAAUUUCCAAUGUUGAUGGUCGGAAAUAAAUCGGACUUGGAGGCUCAACGUGUGGUAUCGAUAGAUAAAGCACAAGAACUAAGUCGUCAACUUAAAAUUCCAUAUCUAGAGUGCAGUGCCAAAGUACGAAUCAAUGUCGAUCAAGCAUUUACAGAACUGGUUCGAAUCGUGCGAAGAUUCCAAGAAUCGGAACGUCCACUAAACUUCAAAGAUAACAGCAAAGGAAACAAGAAGAAACUAUGUUGCGUUUUAUAAUUUUUAAAAUGUCAAAAUAUUCUUUUUUCUUCUUAUUUGUUCAGCAUUUAAUGUGCUAAAUGUCAAUUCGUUUCGCUUACAACUCUUUUUUUUAUUACUUCUAUCGAUGUGUCUACAA